GGAGGAUGGAUGGAGCCGGGUGAUGGCGGGGAGGAGGAUCGGUAGGAGGAGGAGAGGAGAAGGGAGGACUCUCCAUACACCGAUCACACAUCGGCCAGGAAGUGUGGACUCGGCUGGAGGAGCUCACCUGAGCCGGCGAGAUGAGCGACAAAGCAGUGACGCCCCCCAAAGGGGAAGAUCAGGGGUCUACCAGAGUCAUCACUGUCAUCUUCUUGGCUCUGCUCAUCGACCUUCUUGGAUUUACUCUUAUUUUACCCUUGAUGCCUUCCAUACUGGAUCACUUUGGCAAGUCUAAUGAUAGUAUGUACCAGACACUGCAGGGCACCGUAGGCUGGUUUGCAGAAGCCGUGGGAGUUCCCCAGGAGAGGAAGUAUAACAGUGUUCUCUUUGGUGGUCUCAUUGGCUCCCUCUUCUCCCUCCUGCAGUUUAUCUGCUCACCGCUCACUGGAGCAGCCUCGGAUUAUCUAGGAAGACGGCGAGUCAUGAUGAUAAAUUCAUUUGGCAUAAUCGUAUCCUAUGCUGUAUGGGCCAUGUCAAGAAAUUUUGGAGUUUUCCUUAUCUCUCGCAUCAUUGGAGGAUUAAGUAAAGGAAAUGUUAGCUUGUGUGCGGCUGUAAUAGCUGACCUCCCCUCCAUGAAGGACCGCAGCAAGGGAAUGGCAAUGAUUGGUGUUGCAUUCUCAGUGGGCUUCACCUUUGGACCCAUGGUUGGAGCCUACUUUGCAAUAAACGCAGCUGAUGGAGAAGUCUUCUAUGUCCGGCCUGCCCUGCUUGCCCUUAUGUUCUCUGUUGUAGACCUGCUGUUCAUCAUACUGUUCCUUCCUGAGACGCUUCCAAAGGAGAAAAGGGUGUCCUCCGUCAUAGUGGGGUGUCAAGGGGCCCUAGACUUGAUCAGCCCUGUGUCUCUGUUCCAGUUCUCAGCCAUAACAAGAAGAGAAGAUUUCCCAUCUAAUAGAAAUGUACAGAAUCUACGAAUGCUGGGUCUGGUCUACUUCCUAUAUCUCUUCUUCUUCUCUGGCCUUGAGUACACCAUCAGCUUCCUCACUCAUCAGCGAUUCCAGUUCAACAGCAUGCAGCAAGGGAAGAUGUUUUUCUUCAUUGGAAUUACCAUGGCGCUGAUCCAGGGUGGCUAUGCUCGGAGAAUUAAACCAGGGAAUGAAGUGAAAGCUGUAAAACAGGCCAUGAUUCUGUUGAUUCCAGCAUUCCUGCUGAUUGGCUGGGCAAACGGGAUCUUCAUGCUGGGAUUAGGACUUCUGCUCUAUUCCUUUGCUGCAGCUAUUGUUGUGCCAUGCUUAUCCUCAAUGGUGUCAACAUAUGGAUCGGCCAGUCAGAAGGGGACAGUGAUGGGCAUUCUGCGCAGUCUGGGCUGUCUAGCCAGAGCGGUGGGACCCGUCUUGGCAGCCACAUUGUACUGGGUGGCUGGUGCCGAGUUCUGCUUCACAGUCUGUUCACUGUCCUUCGUGUUGCCGCUGCUGUUUUUGAAGAAGGUGACAUCACAAGGAAAGGAGGAGUGACAUCACACGGAAAGGAGGAGCAGUUAUAGGACCCAAUGAGGGCAACCAAUGGCUUCCCACCUAUGUAACCUGGAAAUACCUUCUUUUUUUCAUACUUUAAUGCCAAGUUAAUUUUGAUGAUGUCACAGUUCAGUCUGAACUAUUUUACUACUGUUUGCAUCCUGCUUAAAUUAUUCUAGUUGGGUAUUUCGCCUGUAUCAGGCCAUCAGUCUGAAUAGACACUGCCCAGCACAUGUCUUAUAUAUUUAGGCCUCAGAGCAGAAAAAUGCUAAUGUGCCUAAAUGUGUAAAAUGCAUCUAAACUCUAGACACGUUUAGGUGAGUCUCGUGUUUUAAGUAAUGCAUUUCUAUGGCUAGAAUACAUUUUAUAAUCUGGUCUAUGAAAUCCAUUAAUGGUCAAAUGCUUGGAAUACCUAAAUACAUGUGUUUUUUGCCAUUUUUUUUUUUUUAACCAGUUUUUCUCCUUCCAGGAGAAGGUGUUAAGAGGGGCUAAACAGACGCCCUGUGUGCACAAGACCUAAAUACCAAACCGGGCUUCUUAAUUUUAUUGUAGGAAUGUUUCAAAGGGACCCUUUCCUGAGACACUGCUAGAGACGGUUAUUUCUGAAUAUGUCGGGUGCCUGGCUGUCAUAUCGAUUCUCUUGCUCUAGUACUGAACCAGAAAAACUGUUUACUCUGAAGUUUCCAGUCCAUGUACUUGUUACAGCGGCCAUUCUGAAUUACUGACAUGUAACAGCUAGGCAACGAAUAUUGGUAAAUGGAAUUCAGCAAAGGCAGCUAAUAUACUACUUUUAGUAAAGGACCAGAGUCAAAAAGGUUCCAGGAGCCAUCUCCUCCUCUCUGCUCCAGCUACAUAGUUAGGUUGAAAAAAGACACAAGUCUAUCUAGUUCAACCAAUAAAAAAAAAU